AGCUGAUACAGCAGCAGAAAGAGGGCUUGUUCUGGGGACUGCAGCCAGAAAACCUGCGUUAGGUUGUAGCCACCAACAGGUCUAAGCUACACAAAAUGCGUGAAAUUGUGCACCUUCAGAUUGGCCAGUGUGGGAACCAAAUUGGAGCUAAGUUCUGGGAGGUGAUAAGUGAUGAACAUGGGAUUGACAUCGCUGGAAACUACCGUGGGGAUGCAUCACUGCAGCUGGAGCGAAUUAACGUGUACUUCAAUGAGGCUUACUCCCAUAAAUACGUGCCUCGUUCUAUCUUGGUGGACCUGGAACCGGGUACAAUGGACAGUGUACGAUCUAGCAAAAUAGGCCCGCUCUUUCGACCUGACAAUUUUAUUCACGGUAAUUCGGGUGCUGGAAACAACUGGGCUAAAGGCCAUUACACAGAAGGUGCUGAACUGAUUGAAAACGUCAUGGAUGUGGUCAGGAGUGAGUGUGAGAGCUGUGACUGCCUUCAGGGAUUCCAGCUCAUCCAUUCGCUUGGUGGUGGUACAGGCUCAGGUAUGGGCACGCUCCUCAUCAACAAAAUCAGAGAAGAGUAUCCCGACAGGAUUAUGAACACUUUCAGUGUUGUGCCUUCUCCCAAAGUAUCUGACACCGUCGUAGAGCCGUAUAACGCCAUCCUCUCCAUCCAUCAACUAAUAGAGAACACAGAUGAAACCUUUUGCAUUGACAAUGAAGCUCUAUAUGAUAUAUGUUUUAGAACUUUAAAGCUCACCAAUCCCACCUACGGUGACCUCAACCACUUAGUGUCCCUGACGAUGAGCGGCGUCACAACCUCACUCCGCUUUCCUGGGCAGCUGAAUGCAGAUCUGCGGAAGCUGGCUGUGAACAUGGUGCCCUUUCCUCGGCUGCAUUUCUUUAUGCCAGGCUUUGCUCCCCUGACAGCUCGAGGUAGCCAGCAGUACAGAGCCCUCUCAGUGCCAGAGCUUACUCAGCAGAUGUUUGAUGCACGCAACAUGAUGGCAGCCUGCGACCCCCGCCGGGGACGGUACCUGACCGUGGCAUGCAUCUUCAGGGGCCGAAUGUCGACCAGAGAGGUGGAUGAGCAGCUGCUGGCUGUCCAGACCAAGAAUAGUUCCUACUUUGUGGAGUGGAUCCCUAACAAUGUCAAAGUGGCUGUGUGUGACAUACCACCGCGAGGACUGAAGAUGGCAGCUACCUUUAUUGGCAAUAACACAGCCAUUCAGGAGCUCUUCAUCAGGGUUUCUGAGCAGUUCUCAGCUAUGUUCAGAAGAAAAGCCUUUCUCCAUUGGUACACUGGUGAAGGUAUGGAUGAGAUGGAGUUUUCUGAAGCUGAAGGUAACACCAACGAUCUUGUGUCCGAGUACCAGCAGUACCAGGAUGCCACUGCAGACGUUGAGGAAUAUGAAGAGGUAGAAGUGGAAGCUAGCCCAGAGAAGGAAGCACCAUAAAAGGAACAAUAGCAUCAAAACGUGCUCUGAAUAAGCCUGUUGACACUCA